UAAGACGGGGCUGGUUUCAUCAUCCUGGGAGCGUCAGUACUUCUUCACGCAGGGCGGUAAUCUGAUGCAGCAGGGCCGAGGAGAGGUGGCGGGCGGGCUCGUCACAGACCUUGACAACUGUUCUGUCAUGGCGGUUGACUGUGACGACCGCCGCUUCUGCUUCCAGGUCACUUCCUUCGAUGGCAAGAAAGUGGUGACGCUGCAGUCGGAGAGCAGGAAGGACUGCGAGGAGUGGAUCGCCACCAUCAACAACAUCUCCAAAAGGAUCUACCUGAGUGAGAACGCAGAGGAGUUGGCAGCCAGAGUGAACCAAUCCGCUCUUGAAGCCGUGACGCCGUCACCGUCCUUCCAGCAGAGGCAUGAGAGCAUGAGACCCAGCAGUAAAGGGCGUGUGGGCCGAGCAAGCAGUAUUAGCUCUGUGGGCUCGGAGCCUUCGCCAGCCCUGUCCGUGCUCUCUUUGGAUGCACUGGUUGCCCCGGAUACACCCAUCCAGUUUGACAUUAUUUCCCCGGUCAGCGAGGAGAACUCGGGACAGAACAAGACGGCAGCACAGUCCGGCAGAAGAAGUAAUCCAUUUGGAGAGUCAGGAGACAGCACAUCAGAAGACAGCGAAGACUCUAUCCUCCACCAGCUCUUCAUCGUUCGCUUCCUGGGCUCCAUGGAGGUGAAGACGGCGGAAUCAGCAGACGUCAUCUCUGAGACCAUGAGGCAGAUCAUGGCAGCCAGAGCCAUCCACAACAUCUUCAGGAUGACAGAAUCACAUCUGCUGGUCACCUGUGACUGCCUCAAGCUCAUUGAUCCUCAGACACAAGUCACUCGACUCAGGUUCCCUCUCUCCAGUGUGGUUCAGUGUUUGUCCCAUCAGGACAACAAGAGGCUGUUUGGUUUCGUUCUGCAGUCAGCAGGCGGGCGGGGUGACAGCCGAGCCGUCUGCUACAUCUUCGAGUCCAACAACGAAGGAGAGAAGAUCUGUGAUAGCAUCGGUCUGGCCAAGCAGAUAGCCUUCCACUCUGAUAUGGACCGUAAGGCAGUGGAGAAGAGGAAGGAGCAGGACAAGGCCAAAGAGAAACAGCAGGAAGAACUCAGCAAACAGAGACAGAUAGAGAAGGAUCUGGAGGAGCAGAGCCGUUUGAUCGCCGCUUCGAGUCGCCCCGCUAACCCGCCAACAUCUGACGGACAAUUCUUAGUGCUUAGCAACAGCCAAUCAGAGGACAGCGAUGCCGGGGAGGAGGGGAAGAAGAAGGGCGAGUCUGAAGCCUAACAAAGAUAGCGAGGGACGCAUGUUUUACCACCCAGGCAAGUCUCAGCUGGUACUGUCAAAACAACAGCUCAGGAAUCAGAGGAGGGGAACAACACCCGCCCGCCCGGGCUGCCUGGACACAAAGAACAUGUGCUCUCUCUCUGCUGGACUCUGUAGUUUGUGGUGGAGCUUGUCACUCUGAAAACGGAGAAUAAACUAAACGCACCCUCGCUGUAAGAAGGAGGGCAGUAGGCAUGGAAACGUCUCGUCAUGGACUUGGGUUUUAUUCUGUGUGUAAAAAUGCUGCUUUUUAUACCGGCUCCACAAAUAUAGAUUAACCUGUAAGUUUCUGUUUUUUAUGUUUAUUUUAUAAAAAAAAUAGAUAACAGCAGUGACAGAGGAUUUAAAGAGACAGAUGUGCGGAAUAAUAAAUCAGGAUCUGAAGGAGACGUUGGGAGAAAACAUGCAAGUCAGAUUUAGACGGUAUCGGUGUUGGCUGUUGCUCAACUACUCUUUGGCAGGAGAUGAAGGUUUCCCUCCACCAGGAGGUCCCAAAGGGCAGUAAGACACCUCAGUAUUGUUGGUUAAAGGUGUGAGAUACAAAAAGAGAAGAUGAAAGAGAGAGAGCAUGGAGUCUUAUUUUGAAGAGUCCUUCCUGUUGUGACAUGUUCAUCGCCAUGUUUCAAAGCAUCCUGCAGUGUCGUGGAUAUUUUUUAGUUCUUCCCUUCCUUCCGGGCAGUCACUGUUUUUCAUUAAUUUCACCGCAGAAUGAAAAAUAACUUGCAAAAUCUUGAAACUUCAUCAUUACAGUAGAGCUUCAACGAUUGGUCCAUUAAUCAAAAAAUGAAUACUUUGUUCAUCAUUUAAGAUAGUUUCAAGCAGAAAUGUUGAAGCUUUAAUGGUUCCAGCUUCUCAAAUGUGAGAAUUUGUGCUGGACGUUUUUGUUUGUUUGUUUUUUUUAUAUUUUUCAGAUGUUCUAUAGACCAUUCGAUGAAUCCCCAAAAAUGACUAAAUCAAUAAUACAAAUUAUUGUUAGUAGCAGUCCUACGUCAUAGUCAUCAGGACUACUUUUAAAACAGCUGGACUGAUGGGAAAAGUCUUGCGUUGCCACAUUACAACAACAGCCGUGUCUCUGUUUUGUUUUGUGUAUUUCAAAACUCAAGUCAAGUCUCUGCGAGCUGAUUUUUUUCAGAUUAACUGAAGGCAGCUGCUUGGAAAGUGAAGAGAAACAUAUGUAGAGGUCUACAACAUCGUCCAGUCUGCAUGGAUUUGGUGAUUGCUGUAUUUGCUGAGGUAACUGUAGAAACAGAAAACAUCAUUAGCUCUGCUCUGUCCAGCACUGUCCCAUUUACCAUGUUGUCAGGGCUGGAGCCAGCAUGUCCACCACAGGACACCCUGAAGGUAGAAGGAAAAUCUUAAACCUUUUUUUAAUUUUAAAGAUUUUUAUUCAAAAAGCUGCAAGUCAUGCCUCUUACAAAAUUAAUAUUUGCAUGGAAGUAGUGCUCAUUAAUGAGAAUCAUGUACCGUUUGCCUCUGACUAACGAUUUUAGAGAUGAGAGUUCUCCAUUUUGAAAACUGAAAGAAAAAAUUUUUAGCUCAACGUUUGCCUUUUCUUAUGAGCUGUAACAUUUCAUUCAUCCAGUAAACCCUUUAAACAUGUUUAUGUAUGUAAGGACCAGGUUUCAUAAAAACAAAUCUUCUUUGCCAAAUGAGUCUUUCUCCUGACAUCGCCAUAUUUAUCUUUGCUUUCACAAGUGUUUUCCACUUGUUUUAUUAAUCAAUCUGCCUUUUAUUCACAGUGAUUCACAGUGAUUAUCUGUAGAAAAACAGCUGAAUAAGCUUCACUUCCAGCUUCAUAGAUAAUACAUUUACGGGAUAUUAUACGUCAGAGGUCACAGCCUUCUGACAAAAACAAACCUCCUCAGUCAGCUGUGGUGAAGUUAACAGGGUGAUGAAGUUUCUAAAAGUCUAAAUCAACAGUUACUGGUGAUGAUUUUAUUUUUAUGGUGUUUUUUUGAGGGGAGGAUGUUUUCUUUCUGUAACAAGGUGAAGGUGUUUGAUGGAGCUGCACUUUACUGACACAGGAAAACACGACAGGAUCGAUGAUGUUGAAAUCUAAAUAUGUUUCAGUGAUAAUUGUUUCAGUGUCAUGAAUUAUAAAAAGGAUUUUCAGUGAUAAAUAAAGCACUAACUCCACCCCC